AUGAAAAACAACCCUGACUUAGAGAAAGACUAUAUAUUUAAUAGUUUAGUCAAAAGAGACAAACAAGAAAGAAUGCCGGGCUUCAAACUUAAGAAAGGUGACAAAGUAAAAAUAGAAAUACCUAAACGCGACCCAUAUGAAAAUACUAUUGACUAUGACAACAAUGGGAACCCGACAGGUACUCACCUUCGUGUUCGUAAAAAUAGAAGAAAGUAUACAAGAGAAUAUUAUGAAGUUUUAGGCAAACAUGGCAAAAUGUACAGACUGCAAGCAGAAGAUAAAACUACUAUUGUCAGACCUCGUUUCAAACUUGUCAAAGUUCAAGGUGGUAUACUUUCAAAGACAGUUCCUAACCAAUAUAAGACAACUCCUGACGAAUAUGCUAAAGAAGUGGAACAUGACGACUAA